UAUUCCCAACUGUCAGUUCCGAUCAAAGACUGCACGCUUGAAAACCUUUACGGCAAAUCAACUGGAUGAAAUUAAAGAUCCCUCUGGUCUUUUUUAUAUUCUCCCUUUUCAGAAAGGUUACUUGGUGAACUGGGAUGUCCAGAGACAGGUUUGGGAUUAUCUUUUUGGAAAAGAAAUGUAUCAAGUGGAUUUUGUAGAUACCAAUAUUAUUAUUACCGAACCUUAUUUUAACUUCAGUUCAAUACAAGAAUCCAUGAAUGAAAUUCUAUUUGAAGAGUAUCAAUUUCAAGCAGUUCUUAGAGUAAAUGCUGGAGCUCUUAGUGCGCACAGGUAUUUCCGGGAUAAUCCAUCUGAGCUAUGUUGUAUCAUUGUGGAUAGUGGAUACUCUUUUACACACAUUGUACCUUAUUGUAGAAGUAAAAAGAAGAAAGAGGCAAUCAUCAGGAUUAAUGUUUGAGGAAAACUCUUAACCAACCAUCUGAAGGAGAUAAUCUCUUACAGGCAGCUACAUGUUAUGGAUGAAACGCAUGUAAUUAAUCAAGUGAAAGAAGAUGUGUGUUAUGUUUCUCAAGACUUUUACAAGGACAUGGACAUUGCCAAAUUGAAAGGAGAGGAAAAUACUGUAAUGGUAGAUUAUGUUUUGCCAGACUUCAGCACAAUCAAAAAAGGAUUUUGUAAGCCAAGGGAAGAGAUGGUGUUAAGUGGAAAAUACAAGACUGGUGAACAAAUACUUCGUCUAACAAAUGAAAGAUUUGCAGUUCCAGAAAUACUCUUCCAUCCUUCAGAUAUUGGUAUUCAAGAGAUGGGAAUUCCUGAAGCCAUUGUUUAUUCUAUUCAGAAUUUACCUGAAGAAAUGCAGCCUCAUUUCUUCAAGAACAUAGUUCUGACUGGGGGAAACACCCUUUUUCCGGGCUUCAGAGAUCGGGUUUAUUCUGAAGUUCGAUGUCUUACUCCAACUGAUUAUGAUGUUUCCGUUGUUCUUCCUGAAAACCCUAUUACUUACUCUUGGGAAGGUGGGAAGCUCAUUUCUGAAAAUGACGAUUUUGAAGACAUGGUAGUAACUAGAGAAGAUUAUGAAGAACAUGGACACAAUAUCUGUGAAGAGAAAUUUGAUAUAUAGGUAGCAUAGUUGGAUACAUUGUUAUUCUUUACUCAGAAUGGAACUCUUUGACUACAACCUGUUUUCUGUCAGUUAGGAUUGUGUUUUAGCUUUCCUGUAUUUAAGUGGGUUGGGAAAAAAUCAUUUUCAGAGUUUAAAAAUAAAGUUUUGCAAACCUAAUACUGUGAAAUAAUACGUUCAUUGUAAUUUCACUAUGUUCUCAUCUUUUACUGAUAGCUUCAUUGUACUCUUACUGCAGAAAACCUCAAUGCACGAGGCAAUAAAAAUAGUGAAUGCUUGUA